CUUUACAACCAGCGACACCGCAGAUGCCAUCUGUUUAGCAUCGGUUUGUACAAUAAUCCCGUGUGUAUUGCAGCGACCUGGCUACUAUCAUAGAGCGGAGUACAAUGACAACCUGGUGAAUGUAGGAUAAUCUAUCUAACCAACGGAAUGCAAUACAACCGGAAUAAAGGACCGUUCCGGGUGAGCAUCACCAACCGGGAGUGAUGAGAAGAACCACGGAGAGACAGGACCGUGUUUCUGCUGUCGUCUGUCAAGGGUAUUCUUCCUGUGUGUUGUGGACUGAACAUUUAUUCUUCCAGCACCCUCCUCCUCCUCCCCUCCUCCACCGGUGUCGUCUGGGGGUUGUAACAUGGAGAGCUCCAGUGGCUCUGGGAUCAGCGAAUCCACCAAACCGCCAAACCACCAGUUGGAGAAGAAACGGUUAAACCGAGCAUCGUCUCCGGCCAGGCCGUUCCUGAAGGAUGUCCACUCCUUCCGCUCCUCGCCCAAACCAACGGUUAUCGUACCAAAAUCCCCCAAACUGACCAAACAUCAGCACUCUUCUCCUGUGCCCGUGUCAUCCAAUCAAAGCCGCAUCACCAGGCGCACCCCAACCGGAGCGAAGGAUAACAAACCGGCCGCGGUGAAAAGUCACAGCACCAAGUCCUCCACAGGCACGAGAAAGACUGUUAAGGUAAUCCAACAUGCAGCCCCGGAGCAUAAAACGACCGCCGCCAGCAAACCGACAUCGCACAGCAGUCCACACCUCGCCCUCAAAGCCAAGAAGAGUAAAAUAGCCACUCUGACCGCGUCUCACCACCGCCCACUCAGCCAUGGCUCACCAAUCCGCGUCCCAACCGGUGCUAUCCCUGUCGGCAGGGUCAGUCAGACGGACAGCAACUCCGAUCUCUCCGACUGUCCCUCUGAGCCCCUAUCCGAAGAACAACGCCUGACCGCGGCCGCCAGCAGCGACGGGGAGUCGGGGGGCUCUGGGUCCAGCGACAGGGAUCAUGUGGGAGCGGAUUAUCCUCUGCAGGCAGGAGCAUCAGCAACAGACGCGGCAGGGGCUACUGCUUGUAGUGGUGGGGUUUCAUUGCGCACCGCGGAGAGUAGCGCGGAGGGUGCGGUAGUGGCAGCAGCGGGGAAAGGCGGCAUGUCUCGGGCUCCAGGAGCAGGUGCUCACGGUCACGGAGGAGAUGGGAGUAAACAGGAGAAAUCGUUAACAAGCGCAUCAUUUAUAAAACUGGAAUGCAGCAAGGAGAUAAUCGAGGAGGAUUUGAUACGGGAAAUUGAAGACCUACGUUCUGAAAACGACUACCUCAAGGAUGAAGUGGAGGAGCUGCGUGCAGAGAUGGAGGAGGCCCGGGACAGUUACCUGGAGGAGGAGGUGUAUCAGGUGCAGGAGUUACAGAGGGAGCUGGACCGGUCCAAUAAGAAGUGCCGGAUCCUCCAGUACCGUCUCCGUAAGGCGGAGCAGAAGAGCCUCAGAGUGGCCCAGACUGGACAUGUAGAUGGAGAGCUGCUACGCAACCUGGAACAGGACAUCAAGGUGGCCAAAGAUGUGUCAGUGCGUUUGCACAACGAGCUGGAGAAUGUAGAAGACAAGAGGACCAGGGCUGAAGAUGAGAAUGAGCUGCUGAGACAGAGGAUCAUUGAGGUGGAGAUCUCUAACCAGGCUCUACACAAUGAACUGGACAGAACCAAAGAGACUGGUACACGACGGAGAGGAAGCAGGGAAACAUUUAGGGACAAGAAGUCUCUGAACCAGGAGGACAGUGCAGAUCUCAGGUGUCAGCUGCAGUUCUCUAAGGAAGAAUCCACCCUCAUGCGUAAGAAGAUGGCCAAGCUGGGGAAGGAGAAGGACAAGCUAGAGCAGGAGAUCCAGCAGUAUAAGUCAGUCUACGGGGACGUGGACAGCCCUCUACCCCUUGCAGAGCUUGCAGGUGGUGGGCCCCACAGCACCAGGGAGGCUGAGCUACGGCUACGACUCAAACUGGUGGAGGAAGAGGCUAAUAUUCUGGGGAGGAAAAUUGUAGAGCUGGAGGUGGAGAACCGAGGCCUGAGGGCCGAGAACGAGGACAUCCGCUGCCAGUACGAGAGGGACUGUUUCGGCCGGGAGCCCUUCAGCAGCAUGCCCUCCUCCCCGUACGGCGGAGACGCUCUGGAGUCAGCCGGGGAGCUGCGACGCCACCUACAGUUUGUAGAGGAAGAGGCAGAACUUCUCCGGCGGUCCAUCUCGGAGAUCGAGGACCACAACAAGCAGCUGAUCUCAGAACUGAACCGCUUCAAGUUCGGCCCGAGAGACGAGGAAGGCGAGGUCGGAGUGAUGAUGAUGAUGAAGUCCGGUAAUGGGAGUAACGGAAGCGGUGUGGUGAUGAUGGAGGAGUUGAAGGCAGCCAGGAUGCAGAUAAAUGAGCUCAGUGGAAAGGUGAUGAAGCUGCAGUAUGAGAACAGAGUUCUGAUGUCCAACGUUCAGCGCUGUGACCUGGCCCAACACCUGGGCCUCCGCACCGGCUCCCCGCGGGACAGCGAUGCAGACAGCGACACCGGCCGCCGAGACUCCGCUGAGGAGGAAGAGACUGGGAGGCUCCUCCUUCUACACCCCAAGAGGGAGGGGCCUGUCGGUGGCGAAAGCGACUCGGAGGACCUCUUUGAGAAGACCACCACAACCUCGGGGUUUGGAAGUCACAAGCCCUCGGACGAGCUCAGCGUGCUCAGCGCCACCGAACUAUCUAAUCGUAGGCGAGAAGACCGCGAGACGUUCACGAAUGUCAAACGAGAAGCAGAGCGCCUUGGGAAGACCGUAGAUCGUCUCAUUAGCGACACGGAAAGUCUGAUCUAUGACGGAAAGAUUUUAAUAACAGGAGGAGAUUGUUUGAGUCUGGCUCUGGAGGGCAAUAAAGAUGACACCAUCCGCCUACCCGAUCCCAAACCAGACUCACAGGUCCUGGACACUAUCAACACCCGUAUGAAGGCCUUCCGCACAGAGCUCCAUAUCUUCAUGGAGAAGGUGGAUCACCUGGGAGAGGGCCUGAGGGAGAGGGGAAGUGACCGGGAUCGGGGAGACGACCUGUCACCCUUGCCCAACCUCACUGAGUCUAGUAGCUUCCUGUCUGGGGUCACCUCCAUGUCACGAGACUCGCCCAUCGGCACCCUGGGACGCGACCUGGUCACAGAUUUCCAGUCACGGUCCGGUGUGAGGGAUGAGUUGGAGUGGCGUCUAGGACAGGAGCGAGCCGUGGAGACCCAGAGCCAGGAGGGUAUUCCUCAGGGCCCGGUCCAGAACAGGGGAGCCAUCCUGGGACACACUAGAUACCACAGACCCCUCCUGGCUUCUUUAAGACUGGAGGAUGAGGAGCGGAGACGGCUGGAUCCGCAGGGUGUGAGGCCCAGGGGAGGUCUGGAUCUUACGGGCCUGCAGGCCCACGAGGCUCCCUGGGUCCAGGAAAGAACCCUACUGCAGCAGGAGGUCCGGUUGUUCAGACACAACACCAUCAUCUUCUAUAUGAAGCUACGCUGGAUCCUUAUGCACUGGAGGCUGGGGAAGAGGACAGAGGCAGGGGAGGAGGCCGCACACGCAGAGAUGGAGAGUAUUCCAGAGCUGAUCUUGGAGCACGGAGAGGGAGAGACGGAGAGAGAGGACAGGGACAGGUCGUUUACCCAGCUACCUCAGAUAGACUGCCCCGAGCCUGACUCCACAACCCAACUCCCCUCCUCUGAACGCCUGCAGCACCAGACACAGGUGGGGGAGAACCGUAGGGUGCUCCAUGCGGUGCGCUCCCUGUUAGAGGAGUUCAGGUCAGAGUUGAGGGAGGAGGAGAACAGGAGGUGCCAGCUGCAGCAGAACUAUGCCAAUGACAAGGCUUCCUGGGAGGUCAAAUGGGCAGAGAUGAAGUGUCACGUUGCUCAGCUGGAAGAGGAGAGACGAGAAGAGAAAGGAGAGGUGAGAGGAGAGGCCAGAGGGGAGACGCAGGGAGGAGGAGACCGGGCCUUUAAACAGGAGCGAGAGGAGCACCGUUGCCUCCUGGCAGAGAGCCACAGCACCUCCCUGGACCUCCACUGGAAGCUGCAGCAUGGAGAGAAGAGGUGGGGGAGGGAGAGGAGAGGCCUACUGGAACGCUUCGACCAGGAGAGACAAGAGUGGGACAGCAACAUGAGAAACAUGCACCACGAGAUGGAGAGGCUACAGAGAGAGCUUAACGUACGGAGGGGCAGUGAGGGCUCACCAACCGACAUCAAAGAAGGGGAGAGAGCAGGGGGACACAGGGGUGUCUUUUCCCCCCAGGAGAGCCCAUGCAAGGCCCCUCGCUCCCCAAGGUCACCACGCUUUCCUCGCUCUGCCAUCCCAGGCCCUGUUUCCCUCCCCACCCGCUCCCACUCCGACUCGGAGGCCCAUGAAGAGCAGGGGGAUGUAGUGAGGUUCAGAGGCCCAACGGAGAACCUUUUCCUGGACUAUCUCUGUGAAGCAGCUCGGGCUAAGUCGGUCUGUUCCAUGAGUGACUUCCAGCGUCUGAUGGACAGCUCUCCCUUCCUGCCUGACAGGGGUCGUCAUGGUGACCGUGGCCGUGACGACGUGACUCCGCCCCUGUCACCCGACGACCUGAAGUACAUUGAGGAGUUCAACAGUAAAGGUUGGGACUUCCCUGUCCCUGGCCCAUCCCCGACACCAGGCCACCACACCCCUACAGCCAUGGAGGCCUGGGCAGAACGACCCGCUUCAGAACCAUUCCAGCCGGCCUCGUGGUUCCUAACCACCAGCGCCACUUUGACCACCAAUACUCAAUCCAGCCACGAGCCCCCCUGCCCACCACACUGCCAGCGCUCCCCACUCAGGGGAAACGGGGGUAACAUAGGAGGGGGAGCAGGGGUCCACGUCUCCCACAGCCCCACCCGAUCCCCCGGGCCCUCCGAUCAAGACUACCUGUACCCCAAAGGAACUAAGGGGCAAGGGGGUGGGGGUGUUGGUGAAGUAGGGGGUGCCUCCGGGAUUGGGGGGGUAGGAGGUCCAGACGAGGUGUUUGGUGAUGGUAGGUGGCCUCCUUCCUGUCAUAAGGAGUUAUUAGAGGGUGGCGGGGGGGUUGGGGGUCCCAUCCCCACGGUGGGGUACGCCUCGUCUCUGGAGCUGCAGCUGUCACGGAACCUCAGUGAUGACAUGAAGGAGGUUGCCUUCUCCGUUAGGAACUACCGCUCUGGCACCUCGGACCACCUGGAGCAACAGAGACAGCUCCGAGAUAUGGCGUGUCAGACCAAUGGUUUCACCACUCGGGGAACCCAGACCACUCAGACCAUCAGCGUGGGGUUACAGACAGACAUCCUCCGCACCCUCACCAGCUCCCCCCACCGCUGCCUCACCCCUAAAGGAGGCUCCACCCCCAUCUCCUCCCCCUCCAGAAACAUCCGGAAGAUACAGUACUCCCCUGUGGUCCAGUCCAAGUUCGAGCGUCCAUGUUGUUCUCCUAAGUACGGCUCCCCUAAGCUCCAGAGGAAGCUGUCAACAUCAUCGAAGGCUGACCUCCAAGGUGGGGCCUCAAGCUCCACGGCCGGCCCCAGGGCCCCUACCCCUACCACCCCCCUGAAGGGUGCCUCUGAGUCGGCCUGGGCUCGCUCCACCACCACCAGGGACUCUCCGGUCCACACCACCAUCAACGACGGCCUGUCUUGUCUCUUCAACAUCAUAGACCACAGCCCCGUGGCCUACGAACCCCCGCAGUGCAAAUUCACCAAGUCCCCCAGCCGCUCCCGCCCCACCCCCCUUGACCCCUCACCUCCUGGUGAACCCGGUCUACCCCCCUCAGACCUCAAAGACCCAAGAUACCUUGGAGCUGUCCAGGAGUUUCUGAGGAAUGUCCGCGGGCGUUCUCCCAGCCCGGUGCAGCUGAUAGUAGAGACCCAGGGAGGGCCAGGGGGAACAGGGGGGGAGAGGACACCGGAGGUGGUCAGUAUACGCCAGGACCUGUCUGCCCCGCCUGGAUACACGCUGGCAGAGAACGCAGCCCGUCUGCUUAACAAGAAGCUGUUGGAGCAGAGCAUCAGGGAGGAGAAGAGACUGGGGUCUGGAGGGUCUGGAGGGUCCUCAGCCCAGGGACAGGGAGGCUACACGAGAGAGGGGCGACAGGCGGAGGGAGACAGGAACCAGUCAGGGUGUUUGGAGGACCUCCCUCGUUCCCGGUGGCUCCACCCCUGGAGUCGUGUUUCCUGCGUCCGGCGAGGCCAGCCAACCGCCGCCCCCCCUCCCGCUGGGCAGUCCGUUCUCCCUCCUCCUCCCCCCGAGGCUGGCACGAUGUCACAGGGCGGAGGUUCACCUUCCCCAUGUUGACUGGGACCAGUAAGAUUGAAGCCACCUGUAUGCUGGAGCUGGAUGAGACUGGAACAGGAACAAGACUGGAACCAUCGUCUUCUGCAUGAUAGAAUCAUUGCCCAUUACCCUGUCCUCCUUAACUCCCUUAACUUGCUCAACUCUCUUCCUCCUCUUCCCCUCUCUACUCCUCUCCACCCUCACCUUCCUCUCCUCCUCCUCCCUGAGCCUGGGUACCUCAGAAUCCCCCCCCCCCUUCUUUCGUAGGAAGGAGGUGUAAAUCGGGGGCUGAGACCCUGUAGCACCAGCUGACCAACCAGGAAGAAAAAGAACUAGAACUUAGAACUCUGGAAUGAAAAUGACCUGGAAUGUACUGUAACCAUGACAUCAAAACCAUUGUCAUCAGAGGUGCCUGUACUUGAUUUACUCGUAGUUCCAGCUGAUAUAUGUGUAUAUGUAUGUUAGUCUUAUAAUGGAAACUUUUUGAGGUGUUGAAAGAAAACAUUAAAACCGUCAUUAUAAUACUGGUACCAACAAUGGUUUUACAAAAGUUCUGUCUGUUGACCUUUUUUGUUUAUUUUGCAUUACAUAUCAUGUGUUAUAUUCUGUGUUUGUGUAAAUUCUCGGGUAAAACUUUUUUCUUAUUAAGUUGA